AUGGGGACGGUGAAAGAGACCAUCACGGAGACCUUAUUGGUACUGCGCUCUGAUUGGUUGAAGGGGGUGCUUAAAAGCCUCCUCUCGCCUUCUGCACCUGUACGAAAGACCACCGUCAAAAUCAUGCGUGCCACCUGCAUCUCCCUUCUGACACUCUUCUACUUCGCCAGCAGUCUUCGACUUCACGGCUUAGACGGUCCGGUGGAUCCCGCGGUUUCGUCUACGAUGGCAGUGGGGGAGUCCGAGGAUGAUACCGAUUUACUUCUCCCCUCGCGUUAUCGUUUGGCCAAGCGUUACCCCCUUCUCAGUGAUUACGACGAGGACAUGAUACUGGGGAACCCCUAUUUAGCAAGGGAGAUCUCACGUCGCUCUCCGCAGUUCGCGUGGCGACCGCAUUCAAGGUUCGGACGACGAUAA